CAAUAAUUUGUAUUCUCAUUGUUAGUCCUUUGAGACUACCGAGCAUUUUCUUUUUUACCAUGACUAAAAGAACCUCCUUUCGACCUUGGCCUUCACACCAGCAUACGGAAAUAGGCUCUGUACGCAACAAAAGUGUUGAGCUAGCUUCCUCACAUAUUGAAAACGCGAGCAGCGGCUGUACCAAAUACGGUCAACUUUUGAAACGAUACGGAAAACGGUUGAUUCUCUCACAUUCUGGGAGAUCUAAUACCCCACGUAGGGUUCAUCUGGAAGAAUCCAAAGAAACCGAUGCCCAUCGGAAGCCGAACCUUUUCUCCCGAUGGAGCUGCUGUUCCUUCGGACUCAGCAACCGUAUGCAUGAUGGCGACAGAUCGACCGAACCACAGCAAACUAUCUUCCAGAAUAAUAACGCAACUUCUUCGCAAACUGCGACCUCUUUUACCGACUUAUCAUCCAAGCUCACUUAUCGGAAAAGGGACCCCGACCCGACGAAUCCGUGGUUGCCGAGGAUGAAACUGUGGCCCCCAGUGAUGGUUCUGCCGGCCAGACUGUAGACUCCAACACUGCUGCUGAAAGCGAACCAUCGGUAGUCGAUAAGCGAGAAGAUGCCCCCGACAACGGUGAACAAGCACUUCCAGACCCUCGCUCUCCUGCAUCUACCCUAUUGCCUGUUCCACCCAUUGUUGCC